GGCAGCUUCCACAGCCUGGCAGGAAGUGUUAUGACUUGCUGCCUGAGGUCUUUGUGAGGCAGACAGGAAUGCUGGCACUCCGCAUUAGCCUUCAAGGGUGUGGAGGGAGCACUGCCUCUGCUUCUUGUCGCUGAGAAGUCGACUCUCAGCACAGAAAAGGUGCAAAAGGGUGUUGGUCUGAGGAAGGUACCGGUUGUUCUCCAGGAAGAUGGCGGCAAAGAUAUCUAAAGAGGAGCUGGAAGAGCUGCGUGAAGCCUUUGGGAAAGUUGAUCUGGACAAUAAUGGCUACAUCAGUGACUUUGAGCUCCACGACCUGUUCAAAGAGGCCAAUCUCCCUCUCCCGGGGUACAAAGUCCGUGAGAUCAUCCAGAAGCUGAUGACAGAGGGGGACAAAGACAAGGACAACAGGAUCAGCUUUAAUGAAUUUCUCUCAAUCUUCCAGGAGCUCAAGAGCAGCGACAUCGCCAAGAGCUUUCGCAAGGCCAUCAACAGGAAAGAGGGCAUCCUGGCUAUUGGGGGCACGUCUGAGCUGUCCAGCGCGGGCACACAGCACUCCUACUCAGAGGAGGAAAAGUUUGCCUUUGUGAACUGGAUCAACACAGCUCUGGAAAAGGACCCUGACUGCAAGCAUGUGCUUCCAAUGAACCCCAACACAGACAGUCUCUUCAAGGCUGUAGGAGAUGGAAUUGUGCUGUGUAAAAUGAUCAACCUGUCAGUGCCUGAUACAAUUGAUGAGAGGACAAUAAACAAGAAGAAGCUAACACCAUUCACAAUACAGGAGAACCUCAACCUUGCCCUGAACUCUGCCUCAGCUAUCGGAUGCCACGUGGUUAACAUCGGUGCGCUGGACCUGCGGGAAGGCAAACCUCACCUUGUUCUGGGCCUACUGUGGCAGAUCAUCAAGAUCGGCCUGUUUGCUGACAUCGAGCUGAGCAGAAAUGAGGCGCUGGCAGCGUUGCUGCGGGAAGGAGAGACUCUGGAGGAUCUAAUGAAGCUGUCUCCAGAGGAGCUGCUGCUGCGCUGGGCCAACUUCCACCUAGACAAUGCUGGCUGGCACAAAAUCAACAACUUCAGUUCUGACAUCAAGCUUACAGACUUCUCAAACAAUGUGAAGGACUCCAAGGCUUAUUUCCACCUCCUGAACCAGAUUGCACCCAAAGGUCUUAAAGAAAAUGAGGACCGCAUUGACAUCAACAUGGCCGGCUUCAAUGAGAAAGAUGACCUGAAGAGAGCAGAAGCGAUGCUGGUUCAGGCCGACAGGCUGGGUUGCAGGCAGUUCGUCACUCCAGCCGACGUGGUAUCUGGCAACCCAAAACUUAAUCUGGCGUUUGUGGCCAACCUUUUCAACAAGUACCCAGCGCUGACCAAACCUGAGAACCAGGACAUCGACUGGGGCCUUUUGGAGGGAGAAACCAGAGAGGAGAGAACAUUCAGAAACUGGAUGAACUCACUGGGUGUUAAUCCUCAUGUCAACCACCUAUAUGGUGACCUGCAAGAUGCUCUGGUCAUUCUGCAGCUUUACGAACGCAUCAAAGUACCGGUCGACUGGAACAACAAAGUCAAUAAGCCACCAUAUCCCAAACUUGGGGCCAAUAUGAAAAAGCUGGAAAACUGUAACUACGCUGUGGAUUUGGGAAAGACAACUGCCAAAUUCUCACUGGUGGGCAUCGGAGGGCAAGACCUGAAUGAUGGAAACCCAACGCUGACUCUGGCUCUCGUCUGGCAGCUGAUGAGGAGAUACACUCUGAAUGUACUUGAGGACCUGGGAGAUGGAGAGAAGGUGAAUGAUGACAUCAUCGUCAACUGGGUUAAUAAAACAUUGGCAGGAGCAGGAAAAUCAACCAAAAUUUCAAGCUUCAAGGACAAAGAAAUCAGUUCCAGCUUGCCGGUUCUGGACCUCAUCGAUGCUAUCCAGCCAGGCAGUGUUCAUUACGAUCUAGUAAAGACUGGAAGUCUGUCUGAUCAGGACAAGCUGGAGAAUGCCAAAUAUGCCGUGUCAAUGGCCAGGAAGAUCGGUGCUCGAGUCUACGCCCUGCCCGACGACCUGGUUGAGGUCAAACCCAAAAUGGUCAUGACUGUUUUCGCCUGCCUGAUGGGCCGAGGAAUGAAGAGGGCGUAAUUUCGAACGGGAAAAAGUAAAAAAGUGGGACCCCAUAGCCAAUCAAAAGCCAACGUCUGACCCACAAGCCAUUUUGCUGGUUAAAAGGCUUCUGGUUGAAUGAAUUAAACCAUAAUUAUUCUGCAAAAAAGGAAAAGAAACUCAAAGAAACCCCAAAAGAUGCAAAAGCAUUAAAAGAAUCAUGUUUUUUGUUUGGUAAAACUGGGAUAGUGGGGUAAAUAAUGGAGAGGGAGGGAUUAUAGGGAUUGUAGAGGGGAUAGAUCGAUUUGUAGACCAAAACAGAUCCAUUAAUCAAUUAAUUUCCCACAGAUUCUGAAAGGUACGUUCAUCCUUCAGUCUCUCUUCUUAAUGCAAGGUGGAUAAAACAUAUCUGCAGUGGACCCAAGCCAUGUCAGACUGUGCAGUGUAUAUUUUUAUUUGCAUAUUUGAUUGUGGAGGAAUUGUGCGCGAGUGACUGGUGUAGUUUUAAAAUGUACAUCUCAGCUUGUCUGCUCUGUGAGUUCUGUGCGAACGUGGAGACGGGCCUUACUUGUGGCAGUAUUGCCUGUUAUGCAGUACCGAAAAAACUCUGUGGCCUCUUUAUAACGUCGUUUAAAUUGGAUGCUUAUUUUCCUAGCAUUUUAUACAUGCGUAGAGUUUACCGAGACGACAUGAAACACACAUUACACAUCCUUUUGCAGGUAGAAGCUUUAAUACAUUCCGUAGCUAUGAACUCAUUUUACUAUGUGUCUUAUGUACAUGUAUACUCAAAACUUGCUUUUUACAUAAAGGAUGAUCCAGACAAAAUGAACUAUGCAUGAACAUGUUUUUUAUUAUUAUUUAAAAAAUAGAACAGUACACUCCUGGGAAGUUUAAAAGCUUUAAAUAUUAACAUUCAUGCUGUGUACGUAUUCAGGAAAAAAAAAUAAGGAGAAAAAUGGGAACGAUGAAAACAAAAGGAGGUCGAGUGUAGCGUGGAAAGGCAUCAUGCAUCGUCAGAUUCAUUCUUUUUUUUUUUUCCUGUUGGUUCACCGUAACCAAAAAUGUCAUUGAGGGGUGGGGGGAAUAAACUGGAACUGCCUAGCCUUAAAUUCAGCAUGUUGACUAUGGACAGAAGAGAAGAUGGAGACCAAAAUAUCAUGGACAUGUCUGUAACUGAGAUCUAUCUGCAUUCUGACAAUAAACCUGUUCAUAGUA